AUGCUACAAAUUGUAUCCCUUGUCUGCAGGUACGCAGAAGCCGGGCUGUACCAAGCUGGCAACAUAUCUUCGUCUUCAGGAGCGUCAUCGGGUUCCCAUCCGGCCUCACCGCUACCGCACUCCUUGUUUACACACGAACCUCUCUACCAGUUUUACAACGCGGCGAAAGUCGAGUCCGUGUGCCGCGAGAACGGGGACUCUGACUCAGACGCAUACGAUCCAGGCUCCCAGCGCAGUACAACCAGCACUCAAAGUACAACCAGCUCGAACCCCUCCAGGCCGUCUGCCAUGGCGCUUGUGGCGCCCAGAGGGCCUUCACGCACGCUGUGGUGCGAAGUGCCAGAGGUCGUCAAUUCUGCUGUGCUCAGUUCGCUAGCACCAGCUCAGAAACGUCUUCAAGAAGCCAAGUUCGAGCUGCUGACAUCGGAAGCUUCAUACCUAAACAGUCUCAAUGUGUUAGAAGCCAACUUCAUAGCACAUCCUGCCUUCAGAGACCCCCAUAUUCUACCUCGCGAUGACUGGGAGACCAUCUUCUCUACUAUUUUACCAGUUCGCAAAUGUUCGCAAUUGUUAAUGAACGAGUUGGAGAAGUGCUGGCAGGAGAACAUCCUGCUGCAGGGCAUCUGCGACAUCGUGCGGGAGCACGCCGAGAAGCACUUCGGUGUCUACGUCAAGUACUGCGAGAACCAAACACUCAUGGUCAAAGCGUUGCAGCGGUUACAGUUGAAAACUGCUUUUGCCAACGCCUUGAAAAAAUUGGAAAGCCACCCGUCAUGUCAGUCGCUAUCCCUCCACUCGUUCCUGAUGCUCCCGAUGCAGCGCGUGACGCGGCUCCCGCUGUUGCUGGACGCGGUGCUCAAGAACCUGGCUUCUGAGGAUGACGAGUACCACGCUUGCGCCCGCGCACUUGUCACACUUAAUAAUUACGUGUCGGAGUGCAACGAGGGCGCCCGCAACACGGAGCGUAUCGAGGAGAUGUACCGCCUCGCGCGCAUCAUCGAGUUCCCGCCGCACGUGCGCGCCGCGCCCGCGCUCGGGCCCGCCUGCGCCGCCGACCGCAGACCUGUUCGUUGGUUAGUCCGUUCGGGUGAGAUGACGCAGCUGAUCUGGAAAUCUGAUGAGCUAAAAUUGACAUUCGGCAAAAAGUUCUCCAAGAUACCUCUACAUUUGUUUCUCUUCAACGAUUUACUCGUAAUUACCAAAAAGAAGAGCGAGGAGCAGUACGUGUGCGUGGACCACUGCGCGCGCUCGCUGCUGGAGGUGUGCGCCAGCGACGCGGGCGCCGCCAGCGCCAAGCACGCGCUGCUCAUCACGCUCCUCGAGAACCACGAGGGGAGAACUGUCGAGAUGCUGAUGUCGUGUCCGUCGGAGACGGCGUGGUCGCGCUGGGCGGAGGCGCUGCUGCCCCCGGCGGCGAGCGCGGAGGGCGAGGCGGUGUACGCCGGCUGGGACUGCCCCCAGGUCUGCGCGCUCUACGCCUACGCGCCCGCGCAGCCCGACGAGCUCACGCUCGCCGAGGGGGACGUCGUCAACGUCACCAGGAAGACCAGCGAGGGGUGGUACUACGGCGAGCGGACCCGCGACGGCGAGGCGGGCUGGUUCCCCGGCGCCUACACAGCCGAGAUCGCCUCACCGCAUGUGCGCGCGCGCAACCUGCGACAGCGAUAUCGCCUGCUCGCUCUCUCCGGGACCUACCUCGGCCAGAAGAAACGGAACAUCUGA